AUGGGACACAAACUGUCCAAAGGACAUACAAGAAACAUCGAUAUCAUCCCUCAAGGUCGUUUCUCCAUCAGUGAAGAAGCACCGCCGAGCUACAUUGCGCGCGAUGAAAACGCCUCUCCAGGUGUUAACCGCGUUGAGAGCGCUACAGAAAUGACGCACGUCUCCGUGAUACAGUCUGGCACUACGGGGACUUCCGACGCGCGUCGAGGCUCGCAGCAGGAUGUCAGACGCCCGUCCCUGUAUAGCACCAUAGAUGUGGGGCCACAAUUAGACUUAUAUUUAAACACUAUCAUUGGUCGCCAACGACCUAGCAGACCAUCCCUGGAGGUUCUUCGCAAGCCCUUUGAUGAUGGAGAUACUGCCAGUAAUGCAGAGGGCUCAGGGAACGGAAGCCUGCCAGGCAUCCCAGAUGAAGAGGGCAAUGUUGAGGGGGCGAAAAAGGCAAAACCGCCAGUCCGCUUUGGAUGGGUGACCGGGGUCAUGAUUCGCUGUAUGCUUAACAUCUGGGGAGUCGUUCUUUUUCUUCGUUUGUCCACCAUCACAUCUUCAGUGGGCAUCAUUCUCACUUGGGUCAUCAUCCUGUUGUCCGUUGUCAUAACUUCAGUGACUGCCCUCUCUGUAUCUGCCAUUGCCACCAACGGGAGAGUAAAGUCAGGGGGCGCUUACUUCAUGAUCUCCCGAACACUGGGCCCAGAAGUAGGGGGGCCCAUCGGGAUGGUGUUCUCCUUUGCCAAUGCCAUAGCCUGUUCGUUGAACACGGUGGGGUUUGCUGAGACUGUCCAGAAACUUCUCGAAGAAAAUUAUGUCACUAUGGUAGACAAGACGAAUGACGUGCGGAUUAUAGGAGUGAUCACAGUCACUGUGCUUCUCUUCAUUUCACUAGCUGGAAUGGAGUGGGAAUCUAAGACUCAGAUCGUUUUCUUCCUGGUGCUUAUAGUGACCUUUGUCAACUACUUUGUGGGCACAUUUCUUCCUCCCACACCUCUGAAAGAAUCUCAAGGCUUCUUCGGAUAUCACAAGGAGAUUCUCAUAGAAAACCUGCUGCCAGAGAAGGGCAAAAACAAUAUCAUUCAAGAAUUCUUCAGCAUGUUUGCCAUAUUUUUCCCUUCUGCCAUUGGCAUCCUUGCUGGGGCCAACAUCUCUGGUGACUUAAAGGACCCAGAGCAUGCUAUACCCAAAGGGACACUCAUGGCCAUCCUCACCACCACCGCCAGCUAUCUGGCCAUCUCUGCAACCGUGGGUUCGUGUGUGGUUCGUCAUGCCACAGGAAACCCAAACGACAGCUUCUCUUUGGCGAACAUGUCAGAAGUGUGUGAGGGCGUGGCCUGUAACUUUGGCUGGAACUUCAGAAACUGCUCACAUGGAUUGGACUGCAAAUAUGGCCUUGAGGCUGACACUGGGGUGCUAAGGAUGGUAUCAGGUUUCGGACCUCUCAUCAUCGCUGGGAUCUUUGCUGCCAGUCUAUCCUCUGCUCUUGCCUUCCUGGUCUCUGCCCCGAAAGUGUUUCAGUGUCUUUGCAAAGACAACAUAUACCCCUACAUUGGCUUUUUUGCAAAGGGUUAUGGGAAGAAUGAUGAGCCUCUACGUGGUUACGUUCUAACUUAUUUUAUUGCAGCAGCAUUCAUUCUGAUUGGUGACUUGGACAUUGUUGCCCCCGUCAUUUCGAACUUUUUCCUCUGCUCGUACGCGCUCAUCAACUUUAGUUGUUUCCACGCCUCUACCACAAACUCGCCAGGCUGGAGGCCUUCCUUUCGUUACUACAACCGCUGGGUGGCAUUGUUUGGGGCCAUCGUCUCUGUGGUGCUCAUGUUCAUGCUGACGUGGUGGGCUGCCCUCAUCACCCUCUGCCUCAUCCUCUUCCUCUUCGGCUACAUCAUCUACAAGAAGCCAGAGGUGAACUGGGGCUCCUCUGUACAGGCGAGCACCUACAACAUGGCGUUGUCCUACUCAGUCUCUCUGUCAGCGGUGGAAGACCAUGUCAAGAACUACAGGCCUCAGUGUUUGGUGCUGACAGGGCCGCCAGUCGUUCGUCCGGCACUGGUGGACUUUGUGGGCUCCUUCACUAAGAACAUCAGUCUGAUGGUCUGUGCAGACAUCCUUAUGGUAGGCUCAAAAUCAGCGCUUACCCAGCACAGUGCAGAUAGUCUUGUGAAGUGGCUGAACCGCCGAAAGGUCCGCUCCUUCUACACUCAGCUGAAUGGAGACAGUCUGAGAGAAGGAACAAAGACACUUUUGCAGUCUACAGGUCUGGGGAAAUUGAAGCCCAACAUUCUGGUAAUGGGAUUUCAGACCAACUGGAGAGGUGGCUCCCCCUACAGCAUGGAGGACUAUGUGAAUACUAUUCAUGAUACAUUUGACGCAAACUAUGGCGUAUGCAUUCUGAGAAUGAUGGAUGGCCUUGACAUGACCGAAGAGAUGUUAUGUGAAGAUAAUGCUGCCUUUGAACCAGAUGAGUCACCUGAGCAACAAUCCAAUAAUGACUCCACAGAAGAUGACUCAGACCAUCACAUUCCCAGCUGCCAAAUCUCUACAGUCUUCCAGUCCAAGCAAGGGAAGAAGACCAUAGACGUGUACUGGAUAUCUGAUGAUGGAGGUUUGACUCUGUUAAUUCCGUACCUGUUGACCAGAAGAAAGCGUUGGCGUCAAUGUAAAGUCCGCGUCUUUGUAGUGGGGCAACAACAGACCAUUGAGGAAGAUCGCAAAGAGAUGGUGUGCUUGCUUCAACGUUUUCGCCUGGAUGUCCAUGAUGUCAUCGUCAUAACAGACAGCGAGCGUCCACCGCUGGCCAAAAGUUUGGAAAGAUUUGAGAACUUCAUCGCCCCCUUCAGGCUAAAAAGUAGAGAGCACGAGGAUGACAUUAUUCAGCCAGAGAGGACAGAAAGUCCCUGGCGGGUGUCUGACAAAGUGCUGGAUGCAUUGAGGAUGAAGUCUGAGAGGAAGGUGCGUCUGAAUGAGAUCAUCCGUAGGAAUUCCAGGCAGGCUGCUUUGGUCAUUGUGAGUAUGCCUGUUCCUCAGAGUGACUGUCCCAGCUCUCUGUACAUGGCCUGGCUGGAUGCUCUGACCUGUGGCCUUCACUGCCCAGUUCUGCUCAUACGAGGCAACCAGCAGAACGUGCUCACCUUCGACUGCCAGUGA